AUGCGCCGAGCUCGCUCCUCACAUAAUUACCAUGGGAAGCGCAUGGGAGCAAUUGAUGCUGUCAAUGAAUGGAGAUUGCCUAAAGUAAGUGAAGAGGCAGAUGAGGCAGUGGAUCAGAAGGACUGGCAGGAUGAUGCUAUGUCAUCUCGUGUAUCCUCAGCUCGUGAUUGGAACUUCGAGUCGGAUAGUGCCUAUGAGGGAAGCAAUCAUGAUGGUCGUGCUUUUGACCAUACAGAGGUCGAGGAUUGUGCAGCUGCAGUGCAAAGGAUGGAGAGACGGCUGCGGUGCCCUGCAAGGAAACAUGAGGAAAAUGCUGUCCACGCCAAGUUGGUUGCCUGGAAGGAUGCACAGAUUGCAAAGCUCAUAGAAAAGUUGAAUCAGAAAGAAGCCCAGAUCGAUAAAUGGCAGAAGAAUAAGAUUGCACAGGCCAGGCAUAAACUGACAAAAACUGAGGUAUACUUCAGUUCACUGCAUUGA